AUGACCAGCAGCAAAACCCUAGCCGAUCAAGCCGCUUACUCCACGGGGAGGCAACCAAGAAUACCACCACCCCGUGUUGAAAUUUGGGCCGCAUAUCCCAUUGUCAGCCCUGCCGAUGCUCAGUGGGCUGUCUGGAAAUGUUUGGCAGAUGCAAGCCUCAGCCAGGCACAACUUUUAAUGGUCAAAGGACUAACAGAUUCAGUAUGGUCUGGGACACGCUGCUGGAGGUCAACCCGUGGAGAAAUAGGUGCAUCCAGCCCGCAUGGCCAUUCGAACUUUUCUGUCGGCUUGUGCACCGUCUGGUGCGGCUUCCUGCGUGAGCCAAUGCCUGUCCUAGCUGUGGAUUGCUCACGAGGCUGUUUGCAGGGCUUUGGAAGCCAUUUGAGGAGGUGGUAA